AUGGGCACACCAAUUAUUUGCUGGACACCUGCAGAGUUCCGAGGAGGUUGGGUUGAAUACACUAGGGACUAUUGCUUGAUAGAAAAUACUUACUACAUACCGAUGAACGAUCCAAAUAUGCCAAGCCUUGCCUAUCGAGAAAAAGCUGAACUGCCAUAUUAUCAGUGGGUGCAAUUCGUUUUGGUAUUGCUAGCGUUUUGCUUCUAUUUACCGCAUGUAUAUUGGAGGUCGGUAAACUGGUGGUCAGGAAUCCAACUGCGAGCCAUUGUCAAAGCCUGUUGUGAGUUGCCGAAGGAGGACGUCGCGAAGCGACAAGAAGGGAUCGAGAAAAUCGCCAAUCACAUUUAUCGCGCCACACAUCGUAACUAUAAAAACGUCGGCAGUCUUUGGCAGAAUCUGAUGGUUGAUGGAUGGAUGUCGUUCAAUUACAUCUUGAUGAAACUUAUGUUCGUCGUGAAUGCCGCCUUACAAAUUCUUAUCCUUCAUUAUUUCCUUGGUUUCGAUUGGGGAGACCUUCUACACCUGAAACUCGGAUUCAACACCGACUGGAAAGCAACUGGACUGUUCCCCAGAUCGACCAUGUGCGACUUUGAGGUGCGAAAUAAAGGAAAUCUGCAGCGAUAUUCUGUGCAAUGUGUGCUGUCGUUGAAUAUGUUCAACGAGAAGAUUUUCUUAGUGCUGUUCUACUGGUUGAUUCUCCUAUUCGUUAUUGCUCGCCUCGGUAAUCGUGUGUUGAUGACGGCACAGAACGAGGCCGAUAACUCCGAGGAGCCGGCAUACUGCGAUCGAGUAAACACUGCAGCAAACCAAGUGCGCUCCGCCAUUCCACCGAUGGUCACCCAGGCCAAGCAGGUAGCGAUCAGUCCACGCGAUACCGGGGCAGCAAACGCGUGGCGUAACGCCAACGAUCGUCUGUUGGAUUCAGUACGAGCCGUGGGCGAUGCUAUAGCUGGUGUGCAGAAUGGACGGCAUUCAGCUAUGGCGUACCAAGACAGUCUGAGCCGUGCAUCACCGUAUCCUGUGCAAAGCACUCAAGUAAUACGUAGUGUACCACCUCAGCCACCUACACCACCUAUAAUCCACAACAAGAUGAUCAUCCGUGAAGAGAUUCCGGCCACCACCAAGGCCCCCACCACCGGUCGAGAUCAGCCCUCCACCACGACCACCGCCACCGCCCGAGUACGACGAAGAAGAAGAGACGAGAGCUUUCUGGGAAAGGAGCUCAAGCAAUGGUCGAGUCAAGAGAACGACAUCGUAGCUGCGGCUAAACGUAUGGCUAUUCUUAUGGCUCGUCUGUCACAACUUGUACGCGGUGAAGGUGGAACAAAGAAGGACCUCAUCGAAUGCGCUAAAGCAAUCGCUGACUCAAGUGAGGAGGUCACCCGACUGGCAGUACAACUCGCUCGCCUCUGCACGGAUCUCAAGAUGCGAAUGGCUCUCCUUCAAAUGGCCGAACGUAUCCCAACGAUAGCCACUCAGCUCAAGGCUCUCCUUCAAAUGGCCGAACGUAUCCCAACGAUAGCCACUCAGCUCAAGGUGUGCUCUACGGUCAAAUCGACAAUGUUCGGAACUUCAAUGAUUGGACCAUAUGGAGAACAAGUUGACGGUAGUGAAGAGGAUAUCGAAGCCAUGGAGCAGUUGGCACACAAUGCGCAGAAUCUCAUGCUGGCUGUCAAGGAUACUGUACGAGCUGCUGAAGCGGCCAGUAUUAAAAUUAAGACCAAUUCCGGUCUUCGCCUUCGUUGGGUUCGCAAACCGAUGUGGUCCAACUUCUAA